AUGCUUACUCUGAACGGUUAUAAAAUCUGGGUCAAUGUGCCUAGAUUUGUUUCCAGUACUGGGUUUGUCGGUUUAGGUUCGAGAGGAUUUCAUAAUAGUGAAAUGCUAUUUAGCACACAGAAAGAUCUCAAUUUUAACGGAAUUCCAAAGGUAAUUACUCCACAAAUGUUAAAAAUUAUUCCCAAUGAUGAAGAUUUAAUGGUUUUAGAAAAACAAGAUGAACUGGUCAAAAGACGUCGUAGGCUGGCUAAAGAAAUUACAAAAAUGAAGAAAUUGAAACCUUUGUCGCCAGGUUUAAGAUGGUGGAAGACUCCUAUUUAUCCAUAUUUAUAUAAAGGUCGUCCUGUAAAAGAAUUGACAAUUCCAAAAAAAGGUACUGGUGGUAGAAAUAAUUCUGGUAGAAUUACUGUUCGUAGCAGAGGUGGUGGACAUAAAAGACGUCUAAGAUUGGUAGAUUUCUCUAGAAUGGAAGCAGGUAAACAGACUGUUGAAAGAAUUGAAUAUGAUCCAGGUAGAACCUCUCAUAUCGCUUUGUUGAAACAUAAUAAGACAGGUACUUUAUCAUAUAUUUUAGCUUGUGAUGGUUUAAGAGCUGGAGAUAUUGUCGAAUCCUACAGAAAGGGUAUCCCUAACGACUUAAUUAAAGAAAUGGGUGGUCAAGUUGAUCCUGCCAUUUUGAGUGUUAGAAGUUGUCAAAAGGGGAAUUGUUUGCCAAUUUCCAUGAUUCCAAUAGGUAGUGUUGUUCACAACGUCGGUAUCACUCCGAUUGGUGGUGGUAAGUUCUGCCGUUCUGCCGGUACAUAUGCUCGUAUUAUCUCUAAAUUGCCUAGUAAGAAGAGAGCUGUAAUUUGCUUACAAAGUGGUGAGCAUCGUUAUGUUUCUCUAGAAGCUUGUGCUACCAUGGGUGUUGUAUCGAAUUUUGAUCAUCAAAACAGCUCUUUAGGUAAAGCUGGUAGAUCCAGAUGGAUGGGUAGAAGACCAAAAGUUAGAGGUGUAGCCAUGAACAAAUGUGACCAUCCUCAUGGUGGUGGUCGUGGUAAGUCGAAGUCUAACAAGGUUUCACAAUCUCCAUGGGGUCUAUUAGCAAAGGGUUAUAAGACAAGAAGAGGCAAGAACCAAAAUAGAUUGAAGGUAAAGGAUAGACCAAGAGGUAAAGAUAAAAGACAAUGA